AUGCUGCCUCUGACACCGUACACUACGACCAUGGGUCUCAGCGGCCUGAAGCUCAACCUGGCGGUAGCUUUCAUUGCCACAUGCGCCUUUUGGCUGUUUGGAUACGACAUGAGCGUCAUGGUGAGACCGCAUCCUGUCUUUUACCCGCACGACGAACAGACAUACAGACAUACUGACCCGCAUCGGUCCAUCUCCCAGGGUGGCGUCAUCACCGAAGAGCCAUUUACCUCCGUCUUCCCUGAAAUGAACGUGCCGCUGACCCAGGGCAUCGUGAUUGCUGCGUUUGAGCUGGGUGCGCUCGUGGGCGCCCUGGCCUGCCUGGACGUCGGCGACCGUCUGGGACGCCGGGCCACGGUGUGGUUUGGUAUGCUCUUCAUGCUCGUCGGCGGCACCCUCCAGACGUCGGCGUGGCAUGUGGCGCAGAUGGUGACCGGCCGCGUCAUCAGCGGCAUCGGCCUCGGUCUGCAGGUGGCCACCGUGCCGUCGUGGCAGGCAGAGUGCGCCAAGCCGCACAGCCGGGGCCGCUGGGUCAUGAUCGAGGGCGGUCUGCAGACGUUUGGCGUCGCGUGUGGACAGCUGAUUGGGUGGGGCUUCUACUAUGUGCGUAGACAGGCCCAGUGGCGCAUUCCCGUCGGCAUCCAGCUUGUCCCGGCUCUCAUUGUCUUUGUAUUUAUCAACUUCCUCCCCGAGUCGCCGCGGUGGCUCAUCAAGCACGGCAAACUGGACGAGGCAACGUACAACCUUGCAAAGCUGCGCGGCCUGCGCGAGGACGAUCCGGCGGUGCAGGACGAGCGCGCACACAUUGUCGCCUCCUUCGAGGCACAGGCGAAGCUGGCCCCCUUUGCGUACCGUGAGCUGUGGCAAAACGGCCCGUCCAGGACGCUGUACCGCGUGGCCAUUGGCGUCUUUAUCCAGUCGGCGCAGCAGCUGAGUGGCGUCAACUUGGUGUCGACGUAUGCCAACAAGAUCCUGCAGGAGUCCUUUGACCUCGACGCCGGCCUCGCCCACAUGAUUUCGGCCAUGGGCGGCUUGGAAUACGCGCUGUGCUCCCUGCUGUCCGUCCUGCUGAUCGAGGGCCUCGGCCGCCGCCGCGCCUUUCUGUUCACCGCCACGGGCAUGGCCGUCUGCUUCUGCGUCAUUGCCGGCCUGCAGAGCACGGCGGUGCGGGCCAACCAGCUGGCCGCGGCCGGCUUGCUCUUCCUCUUUAACACCUUCUUUGGACUGGCCUGGGUCGGCGGCCCGUUCUUGUACAGCGCCGAGAUUGCGCCCCUGCGCUGCCGUGCCCAGGCCAACGCUCUGGCCAGCGCCGGCAACUGGCUGUUUUGCUUCAUGGUCGUCAUGAUUAUUCCGCCGGCCUUUGCCAAAAUUGGCUGGAAGACGUACAUUAUCUUUGCCAUCCUCAACGCCCUGUUCGUCCCCAUCAUCUAUUUCUUCCUCGUCGAAACCAAGAAGAGGAGCUUGGAAGAACUUGUAAGUCACUUUGCGUAUGGCGAAUCAUCAUGGGGCCAAAUUGUGUUUUGCCAAGUUACUGACGAACAGGAUGUUGUCUUUGCUGCGGGUGGCAACCCCGUCAAGAAGGAGAAAGCAUUGCCCCAUAACAUUCCCAUCGAGGAAGCGUGCCAAAUCUUUGGCCUGGUGAACGGAGUCGAUGUGACCGAGGUGUCCCCUGAGGACAAGGCGUCGGUUUAA